AUGGAGGACCCACCCUCUUUAUCAAGUCCAAACGCGUCGCCAGUCUUGAUCCCCCUCGUGGAUGCUUUCAACCACGAAAGAGCGAAACCGGUUUCGUGGUCGAUUGAUCAACCGAACUCCAAGCCGACGUGCCUCUCCCUCAUCUUCCACACUCCAUCUCCUUCCGGCUCAGAGCUAUACAACAAUUACGGCGCAAAACCCAAUGACGAACUUUUGCUAGGAUAUGGCUUUACAAUUCCGGAUAAUCCUGACGAUACGCUCCUUCUCAAGCUACCAGGUAGCGAACAGAGGUUCAAAAUUGCCAAGGGAGCGAGCGGCGAGAGCAUGGCCGUUUGGUACGAAAUCGGCCGACGGUUACAGCAGGACUUUGCGACGGAUGGAGAUGACCUCGAUGUGAUGAUGACUGAGCUCGAGCUCGAAAUUGGACAGAUCCUUCCCGAGAUGAUCAGAAACCUCCGUUCCAAAUUGCCCGCUAUCGUGGACCGAGAUCCAAGAGAGCCGUUGCCAGGAGUGCGAACAGACGUCUACGCCAUGAUACGCCAGUACGUGAAAGGUCAAUGGGAGAUCCUCGAGGAUUUGUUGGAAUUCGCAAACAAACGAUUAGAGGCGGCACUUCGUCGUGCGGAGGAACUGGGAAUAGAUGUUUCCUUGGAGCCGGAGGAUGACAGCGGGGACGAGUAA